AUGACAGAGGACGGCAUGGAGAAGACAUACACCUGCACCGCUCCUGUGAAUAUAGCGGUAAUUAAAUACUGGGGAAAGAGAGACGAGGACUUAAUUCUUCCUAUUAACUCAUCGUUGAGUGUAACACUUCAUCAAGAUCAGCUGAAAACAACCACAACAGUGGCCAUCGGCAAUUCUUUCCAAGAAGAUCGGAUUUGGCUCAAUGGGAAGGAGGAGGAUAUCAGCCAUCCAAGACUACAGUCCUGCCUGAGAGAAAUUCGACGUCUUGCCAGGAAAAGGCGUAAUGAUGCAGACCCUGGUGUGGAUUCAACUGGUUUGACUCACAAAGUUCACAUCUGUUCCAUCAACAAUUUCCCCACUGCUGCUGGACUUGCGUCCUCUGCAGCAGGGUUUGCUUGUUUGGUAUACACACUUGCCCAGGCGUUCGGUGUCGAGGGGGAAUUGUCUGUGGUGGCUCGCCAAGGAUCUGGCAGUGCAUGCAGAAGUAUGUAUGGCGGAUUUGUCCAGUGGCUUAUGGGACAUCAGAGUGACGGCAAGGAUAGUCUUGCCCAACAGGUGGAGCCAGAGACUCAUUGGCCUGAGCUGAGAAUACUUGUGCUUGUGGCUAGUGCAGAGCGAAAACACGUUGGCAGCACCUCUGGCAUGCAAACAAGUGUACAAACAAGCUGUCUCCUAAAGCAUCGGGCUGAGUCCGUUGUCCCAGGUCGAAUGGUUGAAAUGAUUAAGGCAGUGCACAGCAAAGAUUUUACAGAAUUUGCUGAACUCACUAUGAAGGACAGUAACCAGUUUCAUGCCACCUGCCUGGACACAUACCCUCCUAUAAUCUACCUCAAUAGAGUAUCCCAUCAAGUCAUCAACCUGGUUCAUCGAUACAACCAUCACUACGGGGAAACAAGGGUAGCCUACACGUUUGAUGCAGGACCCAAUGCUGUAAUAUUCACUUUAGAGCAGCACAUUCCUGACUUUAUUCAAGCAGUCCGACAUUUUUUUCCUCCAGAAACUAAUGGUGGCGAGUUUAUAAAAGGUCUUCCAGUUCCUCAUGCAGAUCUUUCUGAGGAGUUGAAAAUUGCUAUUGGUUUAGAGCCCAUGCCAAAAGGAAUUAGCUACAUUAUCAGCACUAAGCCUGGCCCAGGUCCUUGUGUUGUUAGGGAUCCCACACAGCAUCUGCUUGGACCUGAUGGACUACCGAAGAACACUGUUAGACAUCAUUCCCCAGAAAGAGACACUGUAGCAAAACAUAAAAAUGGUUACUAA